CGGGGCGGCGGCGCGGGGAGCAGGGAGCGCCGGCGCCCGCCCGCCUCCCCCAUUCAUUCAGCCGAGCCCGGGGGCCGAGGGGCUCCGGCGGCCAGCUCUGCACGGCGGGAGCGCGGGCGCGGCCCCCCAGCCAGCGCGCAGGGCCCGUGCCGGCCGGGGCGCUUCCUCGCCGCCGCCCUCCGCGCGUCGCGCCGCCCGCGAGCCACCAUGUCCGACCCCGCGGUCAACGCGCAGCUGGACGGGAUCAUUUCGGACUUCGAAGCCUUGAAAAGAUCUUUUGAGGUCGAGGAGGUCGAGACGCCCAACUCCACCCCAACCCGGAGGGUCCAGACUCCCCUGCUCCGGGCCUCUGUGGCCAGCUCCACGCAGAAGUUCCAGGACCUGGGUGUGAAGAACUCAGAGCCCGCGGCCCGCCAUGUAGACUCCCUCAGCCAGCGAUCCCCCAAGGCUGCCCUGCGGAGGGUCGAGCUCUCGGGGCCGAAGGCAGAGCCCGUGUCUCGGCGCACUGAGAUCUCCAUCGACAUCUCGUCCAAGCAGGUAGAGAACGCCGGCACCGCCGGGCCGUCCCGGUUCGGGCUCAAGCGGGCUGAGGCACUGGGCCACAAGACGCCAGAGCCCACCCCUCGGAGGACGGAGAUCACCAUAGUCAAGCCCCAGGAGUCAGCCCACCGGAGGAUGGAGACCCCCACCUCCAAGAUCCCUGAGGUGCCCGCCAUCCCCACCGCCGACGCAGCCCCCAAGAGGGUCGAGAUCCAGGUGCCCAAGCCAGCCGAGGGGCCCGCCUCCCCCAUCCCACCCCAGACCCUGGAGAAUUCGGAACCCACGCCGAUGUCUCAGCUGCAGAGCAGGCUGGAGCCCAAGCCCCAGCCGCCCGUGGCCGAGGCCCCACCCAAGAGCCAGGAGGCCACCGAGGCAGCUCCCGGCGGCGCUGGCGACAUGGCCGACACCCCCAGAGACGCCGGGCUCAAGCAGCCGCCCGCGCAGAGGAAUGAGAAGGCCCCCGUGGACUUCGGCUACGUGGGGAUCGACUCCAUCCUGGAGCAGAUGCGCAGGAAGGCCAUGAAGCAGGGCUUCGAGUUCAACAUCAUGGUGGUCGGGCAGAGCGGCUUGGGAAAGUCCACCUUGAUCAACACCCUCUUCAAAUCCAAGAUCAGCCGGAAGUCAGUGCAGCCCACCUCGGAGGAACGCAUCCCUAAGACCAUUGAGAUCAAGUCCAUCACACACGAUAUCGAGGAGAAGGGCGUCCGCAUGAAGCUGACGGUCAUCGACACGCCGGGGUUCGGGGACCACAUCAACAAUGAGAACUGCUGGCAGCCCAUCAUGAAGUUCAUCAACGACCAGUACGAGAAGUACCUGCAGGAGGAGGUCAACAUCAACCGGAAGAAGCGCAUCCCAGACACGCGCGUCCACUGCUGCCUGUACUUCAUCCCCGCCACCGGCCACGCCCUCAGGCCCCUGGACAUCGAGUUCAUGAAGCGCCUGAGCAAAGUGGUCAACAUCGUCCCGGUCAUCGCCAAGGCUGACACGCUGACCCUGGAGGAGAGGGUCUACUUCAAACAGCGGAUCACCGCAGACCUGCUGUCCAACGGCAUCGACGUGUACCCCCAGAAGGAGUUUGACGAGGACUCAGAGGACCGGCUGGUGAACGAGAAAUUCCGAGAAAUGAUCCCGUUCGCCGUGGUGGGCAGUGACCAUGAGUACCAAGUGAACGGGAAGAGGAUCCUUGGAAGGAAAACCAAAUGGGGCACCAUUGAAGUCGAGAACACCACGCAUUGUGAGUUUGCUUACCUGCGGGACCUCCUCAUCAGGACACACAUGCAGAACAUAAAGGACAUCACCAGCACCAUCCACUUCGAAGCCUAUCGCGUGAAGCGUCUGCACGAGGGCAGCAGCGCGGUGGCCAACGGCGUCGAGGAGAAGGCGCCAGAAGCCCAGGAGAUGUAGACACCGCCUGUCCCGGGACCCCGCCCCGAGUCUUUUCCGUCUCCCCCCACCCUCCCCCCACCCACCUGCCCCGUUUUAUUUUAUAUAAUUUUCUCCAUGUGUCCUCCAUCUCCGCCCCUUUACACCUGCCAAGUAACAAGAUGACGAGUGCCCUCUGAGUAUGUUUGUUAUUAGCCCGCUGACUACGGGGACCCGGGCUGGGGGGUCCUCGGAGUGGAGGCCGGCUCUCUGGCCGUCCCUGAGGUCCAGGAGGGGCGGGAGGACCACUGACUCAGUCCUGACCCUGCCCCGGGGCCAGAGGAGUGGCCUCCAGCUCUUGGUGCCCCUCGGACACAGCCUCUGCGGCGUGGCAGAGUGGUGCCCGUGGGAGGAUGGAGCCAUCCUCGUGGACCUGGAGCCCCUGCCUGCCCCUGCCUCCCCACACGGCCCUGGCCGUAACUCAGAGCACCCCACCCCGCCCCUAGGGGAGAGCAGUUCAUUCCAUGAGACCCAAGUUGCCAAUUGCUUAGAUGCGGCGAGGCCAUUGGCUGCUGCCCGCCCACCUGCCUGCAAGCCUGUCCUGGAGCAGGAAGUGCCUUUAUCUCAGCCGUCCUCGCGAGCCAGCAGCUCUGCCCCGCUGUCCCCUUGGACGAGAAAUUGGGACAAGUUGGAGAGAGGGAGGUGUGUCUUCAUCUCCCCUCGUGUCCCACCACCCUCCCCCCACCCCCGGGAUCUGAUUGCGGAUUCACAGGAAGGGAAAAGAUGCACCCCAGCCGCCUGGUUUUUGGGAAGGUCCAAGUGAGUGAAUCAGGAGCAGGAGCUAAGGGAGGAAGUGCUGGCAGGUGCCCGAAGGAAGGGGGGUGCCGUGUGGACCAUGGCUGGGGACGCUCAGAGUGGCCCUUGUGGCCUUGGUGGCUGCCCUGCCCCACCCCGUGUGACUGGGGAAGCCUGUGUCUGUCUGUCUGUUUAGACAUCCAUUGGGCCCAAGAUGCUCUGGUUAAGUGAAUGCACCCCAGAUGCACACUCGGCCCUCGCAGCCCAGGCCGUGCUGAUGCCACCACCAGGGAGGUGGAAGGCCAGGGAAGCCUGACUUUGUGUUGCCCUAAGUUUGCCUGGGCCUCUGUUCACCCCCCGCCCCACCCUGGAGCCCAUCAUAACGACCCCCAGAGAGGGAUUGGCCAGGGGUCAGGUGUGCACGGCCCACUGUUGGGCUGCAGAGCGGGCUUCACGUCUGCACGGCUCAGGCCUGUGAGAUUAGACACGGGGAGAUGCACGGCCGUCCGCAGACCCCUGGCUUGGUGAGAAGUGUGGUGGGAGGGGUGGGUGCAGACUGACCUGGCACGUGCGUGUGUGUGCACGCGUGUGCGUGCGUGCGAGUGUCAUCGCUUUGCGUGUUUGCUCCCUCCCCACCCAAGAGAGGAAGGACCCCUUAGCGAAACAGUUUACUUGCCGACUUGCCAUUUUUGCCAAAACCAAGAUGUUGAAGGACGCGUCUGUCUCCAGCGUCGGGGUCCCAGCCUCCGUCCCGGGAUGCCUUCGCUUUCCUCCUCUGUAGCCAGAUUUUGAAACAUUGUUAGUUUCCCUGGGAUCUGUUCCACAGUGGCCUUUCGCUAUGUGCCUCUUGAGAAAUUCGUCUCUUUUUGUAUAAAUAACAAAGUGUUGAAAAUGUAUUUCCUGAAAUAAAUGUUCCAAAUGCAAA